UGCUUGUUUAUCUCUUUAGCAGCUACAUAUGAUUGGCCCCUGCACCAAUUGGAUAUCAAGAAUGCCUUUCUUCAUGGUGAUCUUCAGGAGGAGGUGUAUAUGGAGCAACCACCUGGGUUUGUUGCUCAGGGGGAGUUGGGUAAAGUUUGUAGGCUUCGGAAGUCUCUUUAUGGCUUGAAACAAAGUCCUAGGGCCUGGUUUGGGAGAUUCAGUGAAGCAGUACAGGAAUUUGGUAUGCAAAAGAGUAAGUGUGAUCACUCAGUAUUUUAUAAGCAAUCUGAGGCUGGUCUAAUUCUCCUGGUAGUCUAUGUGGAUGACAUUAUCAUCACUGGGAGUGACUCUGCAGGUAUUUCAUCUCUUAAAACCUUCCUCCAAACCCAGUUUCAGACCAAAGACUUAGGAUUAUUAAAGUAUUUUUUGGGUAUUAAAGUUAUGAGAAGUAAGAAGGGUAUUUUCUUGUCUCAAAGAAAAUAUGUCCUUGAUCUAUUGACAGAGACAGGAAAAUUAGGUGCUAAGCCUUGUAGUGCACCAAUGACUCCAAAUUUACAACUGUUAGCAGGGGAUAGUGAGUUGUUUGAAGAUCCAGAGAGAUACAGGAGAUUGGUAGGAAAAUUGAACUACCAAACUGUCACUCGUCCUGACAUUGCUUAUGCCGUUAGUGUGGUAAGUCAGUUUAUGUCUUCCCUAACUGUUGCUCAUUGGGAAGCCUUGGGACAAAUCUUGUGCUAUCUGAAGGGAGCUCCAAGAAGAGGUUUGUUAUAUGGUAAUCAUGGGCAUUUGAAUGUUGAAUGUUUUUCAGAUGCCGACUGGGCUGGAUCUAAGGUUGAUAGGAGGUCAACUACUGGAUAUUGCGUUUUUGUUGGAGGAAAUUUGGUGUCUUGGAAAAGCAAGAAGCAGAGUGUAGUUUCUCGAUCUAGUGCUGAAUCCGAAUACAGAGCCAUGGCACAAUCAGUAUGUGAGGUAAUGUGGAUAUUUCAAUUACUAGAUGAGACAGGUUUUAAGACCCCCCUGCCUGCGAAAUUGUGGUGUGAUAAUCAAGCUGCUCUCCAUAUUGCUUCUAAUCCGGUAUUUCAUGAGCGGACCAAACAUAUUGAGAUUGAUUGUCACUUUGUUCGUGAAAAGAUUCAACAACAGAUCAUAUCAACAGACAUAUCAAACCGGAGAGCGCUUAGGAGAAAUUAUCACAAAAGCUCUGAAUGGAGCUAG